AUGAUCUCUAUGCUGAGGGCCACUCAAGAUGCCUCCGAGGAGGCAACCCGUCCAACCCACAUCAACGUUACUGCCACAGCCUCAUCAACCAUUCUCCAUAAGCACAACAGCGGGGCUCCUUUUACCAUCACUCUCACGGCUGUCUUGCCCAUCAUUCCCAACCAAGUUAACAAGCCUUUUACAGUGUUCAUCCACGACACCCUGCUCGACCCAAAAAGUAUGGUAUUCUUCCAGAAUGGCCUUGAGCUGGUGAAAUCCGAAUCUGUUGAUCAUCCGAAUCAGCCAAAGGCAAGACUGGGUCAGUCUAGUGUAUAUUCCUCCGAGGGCUCCUGCACCGUCGAUCGUGAGAAUGAGCAACAUUUUGUGACACUUCAGCCAGGCGUACCUUACCGAGUGACUCAUACCAUGAAAGUUCGGCCAAAGUUCUCAAUGAAUAACGCACAUGACAAGGUGCCGUGGGUGUCGCCGUUCGGACAUACUCACGGGCUCAACGUUGGCGCGACUUAUCAGGUCGAAUUGGGUGAUGGCAUGAGCCAUAUUAAGUGGUUUCGACGCGGAAAAAAGGAAGAGGUACUCAGCGGGUAUGAGGGUUUCUGGGACUAUUUUUGGGAUCUUACCUGCUUGAGGAGAAAGCCGAAAGAGCGGAUAGGCGAUUCGAAUAUGCGGCCUGUUCCGCUUGUGCUGCUGAACGAGGUUUCUGUUACGGUUGCAUUUUAG